AUGGACAACGAGGAAGUAUUUGCUCUCCCAGAUCAUUUGGUUGACCAUGACUACUUCCUGCCAGUUGUAUAUGAAGAUGAUCAUAUACUGCGUGAAGAAGAAGUAGAGGAAUUGGUAGAAGAAGAAGAAGUAGAAGAAUUGGACGAGGAAGAGGAAGAGGAACCAAUUGUCAGAGUGUCGGAAACAUACAGAUUGAUUCCUGGGGUUCAUAACCGAUCGAGGAUAUAUGUUGACAACCUGGGAUUCAAGUAUUACAAACGAGAAACUAAAGGACAACGCGUGUAUUUAGUAUGCGAACGGCAGAAGCAACGGAACCAGUACUGCCCUUCCACUGCAACUGUUAGUGCAAAUUUGAACGACAACAGAAUUCGUCUAGGGUUCUACCACGACCAUCCGCCCAGAGUGAUCGACCUGAAUGUGCCGUUUUUGAGGGAAACCAUAGGUGAAAUAGGAAUUGAUCCAGCAGUUACAACAUCAUUUAUGAGAACUUUGUACAACAACGAAAUUAUCAACCAUCCAGAAGCAGCUCCUAACUACACAUUUAUUCAGGCUCAAGAACGAGUGAAAAAGAUGAGACGUAGAAGAUUCCCAGCGCAACCCCUUGAUAUUGGACAACUUGCAGUGGCACUGAAUGAAGCACGAAAUGCCAUUUACGCUCUUACAGUUCAAAAUCCUCCAUCUAGGUUCUUUCAACAAGCAUUGGUCGUCAAUGGAAGGAGUGUUGGUGUGAUCUUUGCGAACAUGGAUGCAGUCAACAAAUACAGAGAAGAAUUGGCCACUGUGACAUUGGUUGGGAUUGAUGGGACGUUCAAGACUGUGCCUCGUGUUCCAGCAGAUUUGAACCUAAAUUUGAACCUAAAUCAUUCAAUAUAA